GAUUACUAUUUUUAAGUGCUUAAAUGACUAAAAUCUUAGGCAAAAAAUAUAUAGUAAAAUUAACUAUACAACUUGUACUACAUAUUUUUUCGUGAAGGCUUAUGUGAUAAUUACCGAACUCUGGUUGUGACGAAGUACAAUUUCAAACUACAUAUCUACAUACUUGCUGUAAAAUUAAGCAUUUCCUAAUAAAUCAAGGGUCAACAGUGUUUAUCUUAAAAUUAUCACUUACAUAUAGUAAAAAAAAUACGGAAUAUUUCAUGUAUACUAGCAUGUUCAUUUUUCGAGCGCCGCUCAAGGCCAUAGCCUGAGCGAGCGUAGCCGCGUAGCCCUAUAAUCAUACGAUGCAUUGUUUGUUAGUGUGAGAGCAAAGUGCAAAGUAGUGCAAAUUAAUAUGGUGGAUACCCUGCCCGUUUGGAUUCGCUAGCUCACUGCUCACUGGAUUUGCACUCUGAUCUGCGCCACCCGGUUAUCCAUAACCCGGUUCCUAUCGUACAUACAUAUAUCCUAAGUCCGAAAAUCAAUAAUAUAGUAUACUAAAUAGAUAUUUGAUUUUUUCUAACAAUUUCAAACUCGUGAAUUACCGGCAAUGUUAAACGUUACAUUAAAAUUUUAGACUGUGGUUUCAGAUUUAGAUUUUUUGAAAUGUCUUCUAAAAUCUGUAUAUGGAAGAAAGUACCUGGAAUUGUUAGUCGUUUUAAUGAUAUAAUUUAUUCAUAUCCAAAAUCACUACCAUGUCAAGACAUUCUCAUAUAUUUUGGAGGCGAUGUGCAGGAUAUUCAAGAAUGUAUGGAACGGCAUCCUGACAGUAAGAAAUAUGCAGAGUGGAGUCUAGAAAAUACUGCUCGUAUACUUUCAACAAAUUUUCCAAAUAAACAUAUAAUUGUCAUUCGUCCAACAAGAAUACACAAUAAAGUAUAUGGCAGCUUUAGUUGUUUUGAUAAUUUUGUAUCAACAAAUGAAUAUGGUGAUCCAACGUUUUCUCCAUCUCAUAAUGCUUUAAAACAUUUGCAGGAAUUGAUAAAAUCCUCUUCACAGAAUUUGAAAUUAUAUAAGGAUGAGAAUCCUACUGAUCUUAUUAAUAACAAAACAAGAUUAACACUAAUGGGCUUCAGCAAAGGCUGUGUUGUAUUGAAUCAAUUUCUUCAUGAAUUUCAUAACCAUCUCAGUAAUCCAGAUUCUGACCUAGAAAUUACAAACUUUGUAAAACUAAUUGAGAGCAUGUGGUGGUUGGAUAGUGGACAUGGACGUUCCAAAGAUACAUGGAUUACGAAUAAACCUAUAUUAGAAUCGUUUGUAAAAUUAAGUAAUAUAUUCAGUAAAAUUAUGAGAAAACUUUCUGUACUUGUUUCAGUUAUGCUUAACACUUGUAAUGUUACAGAAAUAGAAGUUCAUGUACAUGUCACACCAUAUCAAAUAUGUGACCUUCGGCGUCCAUGGAUUCGUGAAGAAGAAAAUCAAUUUUGUUGUUUGUUACGAAGUAUGGAAGUUCCUGUGAAACGAAUUUUACACUUUGCAGAUAAACCAAGAAAUUUGACAUUACAUUUUAAUCUUCUUACUGCUAUCAGAAAUUAUAUUCAAUAAUAUCUCAUUACUUAAAUUAUUUAAAUACAUUUUCAUAUAUAUAUAUACAAUAAUAUCCUGCUUAGUUAGCCAAUGUUCUUGCUCUAGUUAGCCAAUAUUAUAUUAUUGUUGUACAGGGAACCAAGCUGUGAGUAUAAGGGAUGUUAUUGAAAAGACUGAGUUAGCUCUGUUAUAUCAUGUAAUUUACUAUUUGUGUGACAAAUUAUUUAAAUGCUUACAAAAAAAUAUUGAUUCUACGAUAGAUUUAACAAUGUAUUUUUAUUGUUAUUAACAAUGACACCAACAAAAGAAAUGUUAAUAUAUUAACUAUAAAGACUAUUCUUUGUCAUUGUAAAGAAAUGGCAAAAUGCAUGACUAAUAGCAAAAUGAUAACUCCAUUAACAAGCUAACAGUAGUAGGUAAUCCUAUUAAUAGUUAGAAUUGGUUGCAGUCAUGCGUCAUUUAUCCAGGUUAUUUUUCCAAAUCUGUGUUCAUUUUAAAUUCAUUGGGUAAUGAUAUAGUAUUAUAUAAAUAUAUUUUCUUAAGAAAAUUUAGUACGUAAUGUAUAAAAGUCAUUUGUAAAUACUUAUUAAUGCAUUUAUGAUAUGUUAAUUAAAAUUUUCUUAUAUUUUUAAAUAAGUAGAACUGAAAAAGCAUUUGGACUAGUGUUACACAAUGAAAAAUUUUACGUACAUUAAUAUGUAGCAGCAUAGUUGAUAGAAGAUUGAUAUACAUAUCUAUGUCAAAUAAAUAUAUUUGCAUCCGUGGUGUAUUAACAUUUA